AUGGAUUUGGAGGUGGUUGGCCGUCACGCGCUACUCUUCGACGACGACAACAGCGCGUCGUUCGUCAACUCACCCGACGCUCUCGUCGAGUGGAACUCCCUCUCCAUCGACCGCUACGACGUUCGUCACCUGCUAUCAGUUCCUCUGCCCCCUCGCACGCGCCGCCGUCACUCUCACCCCGACGCCUCCCUGGAGUCCGAGCUCGAUCUCGAGCGCUACCGCGAUUUGCCGUCGCCGUCGCAGGAAGAAGAAGGAGAUCAAGAUGCAGGCAAUGAUGCAGCUGUGCCAAACACUGUUGGCUAUCACAACGUUGCCUUUGCAUAUGGAGACCCAAAUGAGUCAACAGAGCAGAAGACUAAUGACGCUGAGCUUGUUUUUCGUCCAGCCUUUCCGGUGCCAGAAAGUUUGAUUCAAAACCUUCCUCCAACAGAAAAGAUACAUCAGAUCAUUGCAAGAACGGCUAUGUUUGUUGCCAAGCAUGGUGGACAGUCGGAAAUUGUUUUGAGGGUGAAACAGGGAGACAAUGCAAUGUUUGGGUUCUUGAUGCCUGACCAUCACCUUCAUGCAUACUUUAGGUUUCUCGUCGAUCACCAAGAACUACUGAAGCAGGAUACUCUUGGAGUCUCUGUACAGGAAGAGAAAAACAAUGGUGGUCUUGAUCAGACAGGUGGAGCAUUGUCUUUGCUUGGUUCUGUAUAUGGGUCUGGAGAGGACGAGGAUGAUACAGCUGAGGAUGCAUCUGUAUUGCAAAAACUGGACUCUCCUGAAGAUGUUGAUGCAAUUAGUGCAACUGUGCAUGGGUCAGAGCAGAAAGAAUAUACUGUAACUGGGAAAAAUGAUAUUGUUUCCAAGUUUCCAUGUUCUCCUUUGAAGGAAAAAGUUGAUCUCAUUAAACAUAAUCGUAUCACUAGCACAGUUAAAGGUGGAGCUACAAGUGGGAUGAAGAAAGAAAGUGUUGCGUCGGGAUCGCUUUCCACUGCUGCCAGUAAGUCACAGGCUCCUGCUAUGCCUAGUGCAUUGAAUCUUGAGCUACCCGUUUUGGAGCCACCAUCUGAUCAAAGGAGAGUUGUUGAAAAAAUUGUUGAGUUCAUAUUAAAGAACGGCAGAGAGUUUGAAGCUAUUCUUGCCGAACAGAACUGUAAACAGGGAAGAUUUUUGUUCCUUCUGCCAUCUAAUCAGUAUCAUCCUUACUACUUGAAAGUUCUCCAAGAUGCUCAAGAGUCCAAGUUACACGGCAAACACUUAAUUUCUGAGAAGCAAGAAUCGGCUGGGCGUGUGGUGGACAAGAAAGCUGCCAAGAGCAGUGAUGCCAUCUCCUCGGGAUCUGCUGGUCAUGAAAUACCAUUUGAUUAUGACAGGAAAGAAAAAUUUAAGAUGGUAAUUGGCAAGUCUAAGAAGGAUGGACAUGAUCUGCCUUCCAAAUCAAACCAACCAGAAGUUGGAUUCAGUGUGGAUGCAGUGGCCGCUAUUCUUCAGGCUGCCACAAGAGGCAUUAAGAAACCGGGUUUAGACAUAUUUCCGAAACCGUCUUCUAGUGGUGUUGGUCAAGGUUCUAGCAAUGAUGGUGGCCGAGAUUUGAGCUCAGGAAGUCAAAAGGGGUAUUUUUCUAGUGGAGUUGGUCAAGUUUCUAACGUUCCUGUUCCUGUUGCCAAGGCUAUUGCAGAGACGGCUGCUCUUGCAGCUGCAAGUGAGGCCGACUCCUCUGAAGCAUCUUUGACUAAAGAGCAGAAGCUAAAGGCUGAAAGAUUGAAACGAGCGAAGAUGUUUGCUGCCAUGAUAAAAGGUGGAUGUGCACCGUUGAAAACUGAUUCAUUACGUGGCUUAUCUGCUGAGCCACCAGAAUCUGGGGUUUCUUCAUCAGGUAAUGAGGUUUUAAAUCUUGCAACCAUAGAAAGGGAAGGGAGUUCAGCUCCACUGGAAGGUGAUGUUUCAGAUAAGGUAGAGGAAUAUGGCAAGAAAUUGUCUAUUCAUGAGUGUAAUGAGCGACGAUCAAAGAAGGCCUAUCAUACUCCAUCUAAAAGAAUUGAAGAAGACGGUGAAGGCGACGAUGACGAAGAAAAUGAGAACAAGGGAGAAGAUAAAAAGGGUCGCAAGCACUCCAAGAAGCGUCGUUCUCAUCAUUCUUCAGACAAUGGUAAGGACAAGCACAGGCACAAAAGGCAUUCCUCUUCUAAGGACAGAGAUUCUAGGCGCCAUCGUAGGCAUGAGAGUCCUGAUGAGAAGCAUCGGCACUCUCGGAGUAAGCAUAAGAACAAUAGCUCUGAUGAUGAACAUCAGCCUUCGAAAAGGCAUCGGCAUCAUAGCUCAUCUGAUGAUGAUCAUUGGCGAUCUGAACGUCAGCAUACUCAUAGUGAGCAUCGGACUUCUCGUAGCAGGCACAAGCGCAGUGACUCUUCUGACGAUGAGCGCCGGCAUUCUCGGCGCCGGCACAAUCGUGGUAGUUCGUUUGAGGACGAGCAUCGGCAUCGAAGGACAUCAGUGAAGCAGAGGGAACCUGAAACUGAAAAGGACAUGGAAUUAGAGGAAGGAGAGAUACUUUUGAAGUUGGAUCAGUCAAUAGCCAGCGGGGGCGGUAAUGCUAGUAGAGAAGCUUCCGUGGAUAUUUCGAAGUCAGAUGAGAUAGGAGGAGCUCCAUCUCAGCCUUCAGGUGCCACUGUGGUUUCAGAUGAUCUCAGGGCCAAAAUUCGAGCCAUGUUGAUGGCAACGUUGUAACAGGCGUGAUUUUUUUCUUUUGGUUGUAAGAACAGUAAUCUAUCUGUGAAGAUAGAAUCAUGUACAAUAGCGUAAUUCUGAUUCACUUGAGUUAGGAUUUCACUUUGGUUCCUGUUUCUAGCUUCAAAGUGCGGCUCGGCGCUUUUGUUGCCAGAUGACACGCACGCGCACAAACACACCUUGUAGAAUCUGAAGUGUUUUGCAAGUUAUUCUAUAUUC